CCGUGGCUGGCGCGGCGCGAACAGGGGCAGCGCGGAGCUCGGGCCCAUGGUGCGGCCGUGUCCGUCGGUCGGGCCGCGCGGGCGGCUCCGCGCGUGGCCCGGCGCUCGCGAGCUCGCCCCCUCGCUGCGGACCCGGCCCGCCCGCUGUCGCCGCCUCCUCCCCCGGGGCGGCGCGGCGCCGGCGGGCGGCAGCGCGGAGGCCGGACCGGGCGGCGGCCCAGGCGGCGGCUCUGGGGGCGCGGUGGCCAAGGCGGGCGGCGCCGCGGAUAUGACGGACAACAUCCCGUUGCAGCCGGUGCGCCAGAAGAAGAGGAUGGACAGCAGACCCCGCGCCGGGUGCUGCGAGUGGCUGAGAUGCUGUGGUGGAGGGGAACCCAGGCCUCGCACGGUCUGGUUGGGGCACCCUGAAAAGAGGGACCAGAGGUACCCGAGAAAUGUCAUCAACAAUCAGAAGUACAACUUUUUCACCUUUCUUCCUGGGGUGCUGUUUAACCAGUUCAAAUACUUUUUCAACCUCUACUUCUUACUUCUCGCCUGCUCCCAGUUCGUUCCUGAAAUGAGGCUCGGUGCCCUCUACACCUACUGGGUUCCCCUGGGCUUCGUGCUGGCCGUCACUGUCAUCCGCGAGGCGGUAGAGGAGACCCGGUGCUACGUGAGGGACAAGGAAGUCAACUCCCAGGUCUACAGCCGGCUCACAGCAAGAGGGACAGUGAAGGUGAAGAGUUCCAGCAUCCAAGUUGGAGAUCUUAUCAUCGUUGAAAAGAACCAGCGGGUCCCUGCUGACAUGAUCUUCCUGAGGACAUCAGAAAAAAAUGGAUCUUGCUUCCUGCGGACAGAUCAGCUGGAUGGGGAGACAGACUGGAAGCUGCGGCUCCCUGUGGCCUGCACGCAGCGGCUCCCCACUGCAGCCGAUCUCCUUCAGAUUCGAUCAUAUGUGUACGCAGAGGAGCCAAAUAUUGACAUUCACAACUUCGUGGGGACUUUUACCAGAGAAGACAGCGACCCCCCGAUCAGCGAGAGUUUGAGCAUCGAGAACACCCUCUGGGCCAGCACUGUCGUCGCCUCAGGUACUGUCGUGGGUGUUGUUCUUUAUACCGGCAGAGAGCUGAGAAGUGUCAUGAAUACUUCAAAUCCCCGAAGCAAGAUCGGCCUGUUUGACCUGGAAGUGAACUGCCUCACAAAGAUCCUGUUUGGCGCCUUGGUGGUGGUGUCAUUGGUCAUGGUUGCCCUCCAGCAUUUUGCCGGUCGCUGGUACCUACAAAUCAUCCGAUUCCUCCUCCUAUUCUCCAACAUCAUUCCCAUCAGUUUGCGUGUGAACCUGGACAUGGGCAAGAUUGUGUAUAGCUGGGUAAUUCGAAGGGAUUCCAAAAUCCCUGGGACCGUGGUUCGCUCCAGCACAAUUCCUGAGCAGCUGGGCAGGAUCUCUUACUUACUCACGGACAAGACAGGAACUCUUACUCAGAAUGAGAUGGUUUUCAAACGGCUCCAUCUGGGAACAGUGGCCUAUGGACUCGACUCAAUGGAUGAAGUACAAAGCCACAUAUUUAGUAUUUACACACAGCAGUCCCAGGACCCCCCUGCGCAGAAGGGCCCCGCACCCACCACCAAGGUCCGGCGCACCAUGAGCAGCCGAGUGCACGAGGCCGCGAAGGCCAUUGCACUGUGCCACAACGUGACCCCCGUGUAUGAGUCCAAUGGCGUCACCGACCAGGCCGAGGCUGAGAAGCAGUAUGAGGACGCGUGCCGCGUGUACCAGGCAUCCAGCCCUGACGAGGUGGCCCUGGUACAGUGGACCGAAAGUGUGGGCUUAACUCUGGUGGGCCGAGACCAGUCUUCCAUGCAGCUGAGGACCCCUGGCGACCAGGUCCUGAACUUCACCAUCUUGCAAAUCUUCCCUUUCACCUACGAAAGCAAGCGCAUGGGCAUAAUCGUGAGAGAUGAAUCAACUGGAGAAAUUACAUUUUACAUGAAGGGAGCAGAUGUUGUCAUGGCCGGAAUUGUGCAGUACAACGACUGGCUGGAGGAAGAGUGUGGCAACAUGGCCCGAGAAGGGCUGCGGGUGCUCGUGGUGGCCAAGAAGUCUCUGACAGAGGAGCAGUAUCAAGACUUUGAAGCCCGCUAUGUCCAGGCCAAGCUGAGCGUGCACGACCGCUCCCUCAAAGUGGCCACCGUGAUCGAGAGCCUGGAGAUGGAGAUGGAGCUGCUCUGCCUGACGGGCGUGGAGGACCAGCUGCAGGCGGACGUGCGGCCCACCCUGGAGACCCUGAGGAACGCUGGCAUAAAGGUUUGGAUGCUGACGGGGGACAAGCUGGAGACGGCUACAUGCACAGCCAAGAAUGCACAUCUGGUCACCAGAAACCAGGACAUCCAUGUUUUUCGGCUGGUGACCAACCGCGGGGAGGCCCACCUGGAGCUGAACGCCUUCCGUAGGAAGCACGACUGCGCCCUGGUGAUCUCCGGAGACUCCCUGGAGGUGUGCCUCAAGUACUACGAGUACGAGUUCAUGGAGCUGGCCUGCCAGUGCCCGGCCGUGGUCUGCUGCCGCUGUGCCCCCACCCAGAAGGCCCAGAUCGUGCGCCUGCUCCAGGAGCGCACCGGAAAGCUCACCUGUGCCGUAGGUGACGGCGGCAACGAUGUCAGCAUGAUUCAAGAAUCCGACUGUGGCGUGGGGGUUGAAGGAAAGGAAGGAAAACAGGCUUCGCUGGCUGCAGAUUUCUCCAUCACUCAGUUUAAACAUCUUGGCCGGUUACUCAUGGUGCACGGUCGGAAUAGCUAUAAGCGAUCAGCCGCGCUCAGCCAGUUCGUGAUCCACAGGAGCCUUUGUAUCAGCACCAUGCAGGCUGUCUUCUCCUCAGUGUUUUACUUUGCCUCCGUUCCUCUCUAUCAAGGAUUCCUCAUCAUUGGAUACUCCACGAUUUACACCAUGUUUCCUGUAUUCUCUCUGGUCCUGGACAAAGAUGUCAAAUCGGAAGUGGCCAUGCUGUACCCUGAACUCUACAAAGAUCUCCUCAAGGGUCGACCGUUGUCAUACAAGACGUUCUUAAUCUGGGUUUUGAUUAGCAUCUAUCAAGGGAGCACCAUCAUGUACGGGGCACUGCUGCUGUUCGAGUCGGAAUUUGUGCACAUCGUGGCGAUUUCGUUCACGUCGCUGAUCCUCACCGAGCUGCUGAUGGUGGCGCUGACGAUUCAGACCUGGCACUGGCUCAUGACGGUGGCCGAGCUGCUCAGCCUGGCCUGCUACAUUGCCUCGCUGGUCUUCUUACACGAGUUCAUUGAUGUGUACUUCAUCGCCACCUUGUCGUUCCUGUGGAAGGUCUCUGUUAUCACGCUGGUCAGCUGUCUCCCCCUCUACGUCCUCAAAUACCUGCGAAGACGGUUCUCCCCACCCAGCUACUCGAAGCUCACGUCGUAGGCUGCGCGCUUGGCGAAGGGACCCAGUCUCUGCACUGCCCUAAUGGACGAAGUUCAAGUUCCGUUUCUAUUAACCGCCGCCUAUGGAUUUUGCAGUAAAUCGCUAAUUUGUGCAGUUUUGAUGUGAAGUGCCACUGCACUUAAACAGAGCCCUAGCGCUGCAUAAACAGGAGGGGCUUCCUGAAGGCAUCCAUGCAGACCUGUUUUGACCACGAUUUAUUAAUAUUUGAGUGAAUGUGAAUAAGUUAAAACUGGUGGCUCAGCUGAAAGAGUUUUCUACGGGUCACUGUGCAAGCUUCCUAAUGACUUGAAUUCUGUUGUCAUGUGAUAAAAGUUUCUGUCUAGAUGAAGAUUGUAGAAGGGUUGUUAUUUUUUAUAAUCCUAAUGUAUGUAUGCUCUUUACAUCUUUCUAUCUUAAAAAAAAACUGUUUCAGAGAAAUAUAAAGCUCUUGGUAUAAAUUGGAGGAAAAGGCAGCAUCAUUUGGUAAAAAGUUAUCCAGAUGACAAUCUCAAUAUGAAAAUGCUAACUAUCCCUUCUAAGGCAGCCCUACUUACUGAGCCUGCACUGAGUUCCUAGGAAUAAGACUUUUUAAAAAAUGGUCAUUGAGAAGACAGCCGUGGAUCCAAUACGUCACUCUUAAUCUGGUUUAACACGUACAGUGCUCGCAUUCACUUCCUUUGCCACCUCGUAAAAAUUUUUUUCGAAGGUGUUAUUCUACUUUGUUAAGACCUGGUAACAAUGAAAAAGCCAAUGGCUGGCUGAGGACACCCUCAAAAGUUUUCAUCAGAGUUGUGUUAGCAGGAAACGUGCCACUGAACAGCCUCUAAAUGUGUCGACACUGUGAUAAGAGACUCAACUAAUUCUUUAGACAACAUGGCAGCUGUGACUCAGAUCCCCUGACUCCGGAGUGGAAAGGUCAGGGAGCUGGGGCUCUUCACUUCCACACAAAUCUGUUUCCUGUUAGGAGGAAUUACUGAGGAUGGGCUGACAAAGGCAGAGGCAUCUUACAGCAUCGCCAUUUGUCGGUGGCGGCUUCAACCGAGGAGCCUUGGUGGGGAGGAGGCCAGGGCUGCCGCUUUCGGAUCUGGGAUAUGUUUUCUUGUGUACAGAUUUCAAGGGGAACGUGCUGAAAGGCAGCCAGUGGUAAAGAUUCCUUCCCCACUGGGAUAGGGUACAUGCAUGUGUGUUUCUUAUAAAGCUGUGGCUUCUUAUUUGAGAGGGAGAAGGGAGUUGGGAAACAUCGGACGUGGCAGAGCAACGCUUUCCUGGGUUUUCAAGUUACUUCUUGCAUAAGCCACAUGCGCGUGCCAGAAGGGUUAAGUUGGUGGAUCUUCAAGAGUUGAAUGUAAUAGAUGUCUAGGAUUUGCAAUUAUGAGAACAUACCUUUCAGCCCUUCAGCUUUGUAAGGUAUAGCCUGGCUGCCGAGUUGCAUGACCCUGGGGUAAACCAAGCUUGGAGAGUCAGUGAAGUGAGGAGCAGACAGUCUUGUCUUUAGAAUAGAAUAUUCUUGAUAACACUCAUGCAUUUUGUGUUGCUUUUCUAGAACUUUAUAGAACCCAGUAAGCUGCAGGCAACGAUAACUUGGCUAUUGACAUCACUUCUAUGGUAUUUUUCCCCUUCUGUUCCAACACUUUCAGCCAUAAUAGAGAUAUUGCCUUGAAUGGAUGGUUGUGUGAGAAUAGGAUCUUUGUCCAAAAUUUUCAGAAAGGUGGAGCCUGUCUUAUUUCUUUAUUGAAUGAUUUUGUGUAAUUUCAAAGGUAGAGGAGGAAAACUGCUGAAAGUUUUUGAGCCUUUGUCGAUUUUAUUGGAAGUCAACCUGUAAAACUAGAAGUCUUAAGAUCAUUCCUUUUGGGGUUCACAAACACAGAACAUGGCCUUGCUCACAGAGUUGGUGAUAGUUCUACAGGUAGGUCUUAUGGAAUCCUUGUUAAGAAACUUCAGUUGUUUCCAGCAGAUACAGGGAAUGCAGAUGGUCUCAGGUCUUUUCCUUGAUGCUCAAUUUUGGCUGAGGUGCAUGAGUCAAAUUCUGUAGUUCAUUGAGAAAAAACUUCCAGAGUCAACACCCAAAUUGACUCCUUGACAUCUUGAAGGGAGAAAGCCUUUAAGAAGGGCUGAGAAAGCCACACCUGGAAGUAGAAGGUGCUUGUCAAUGUCAUCCACGGACCUCCUUGUUUUGUGGUCUCAGCCACUCUUUGGUGGAGGCAGUUGGGCGAGAAGGACAGAACCCAAGGGGAACCACCAUGUUGGCAGACCACACUAUGGUCUGGGCAGCGAGCUGACAGCCCCCACCCCGCCACUGGUGGCCGCCAAAUGUCUAGGACAAUACAUGCCAUGCUGCUCAUAUAACUGGAGGUGAAAGGGCAGAAGCAUCCAUCAGUUUGCCGUACAUGUUCCUUACCUACACAAACCAGACUCCCCGCCCAGGAGAGAACCAAUGAACAUUUGGAUGCUUCCAGGUGGGUAUCUUAGUUGUGGAGAGAAGACAAAGAAACAAGCAAACAAAAAGCCUCAGCUGUUUUACAGGAAACUCUGCUGAGUUAGCAAACCUUAAGAAUAAGAAUUCAGUUGACCUUUUUCUUGGUUCACCAAACUGGAAAGAACCGCUGACACUUUCCUCACCUCGGAAAGCACCGGGACUAAGGCUCUAAUUUGAGAUGACAGGGCUCAGAGGCACACAAUCGGCACCGUUUAAACACGUCUCCUUAAAGUAAAAAUCACAGUUCUCCCCCAAACUCUGAUAACCUUAGUUACUUCUGCCUGAGUGAAAGCUUUGGUGGUUAUUUUCUCUUCUAUAAUAGUGAUUGUGACGGGGGCAGGAUCUGUUAAUUUCCCUCUCCCUCCUCACUCCUUCCUUCCCUCCUGUUCUCUUUGUCUAAGAAAAUGACCUGACAAGUUGCUCCUUCUUGAGUCAUUUCUUAUAUUUGACAGUUUUGAUUCUAAUUUUGAGACCGUGUGUAGGUGUUGCCUGUGGUGCUAGGUGAGACUGGCUGUACUAACUUGAGAUGAAGGAAUUUGCCACAAAGCAGUGGAGGGCUUCCUAGGGAACAUCUUAAAAUUGGAGCAGACCACCUGUUUACAGCCACCUGGAGCUGGUCGGACAAUUGCUGGAAUUUCUCCCCUUUCAGCAUCUUAGGGGCCCCUUGAAUGAAACCCUUUUUGUAUCAGUUAUCUUAAAUACCGUUGUCUGUUUACUGACAUUUUCUCAGUGUGUUCUCUGCUGAAAGUUGAGGUUUUACUGACAUUACUUUGCAAUGUUUUCUGAAUUUUGUGCUUGUUGGAAUUUGACAUAAUAAUGCCUAUUCCCCCCCCCACCCCCCGCUUUCAGACUUUGGUUUUUACACUUUGUUUUGUUUUCACUGGGAAUUGGGAUGGGAGUGCAUUCACACCUUUAUGGACAGCAUUUUAAACUUUAGCCAAAAUCGCUUAUGGCCCAUUCUUCUGGUCCAUCCAAGUUAAGGCAAAUACCUAUCAGCCAUUUUUAUCUUUCAUCUUUUUUUGUGUGCUUGAAAUGUGUGUGUGGGUGAUGUCAUCUCAAGUUUCUUGAAGAAAUAUUCAGUGUUCAUUAAAAUUCCAUCACUCCCAGCUUUGUAUUUAAAAAAUAUACAAGGAGCUUUGUAAACAGAUUUUAUUUCUUCUCCCUUCUUUUAAUGUAAAGCUUUUUGUCAUUUAUGCAUAUACUUAGAUAUAUACCAUUAAUUAUGUCCAUUUCUUCUUGGGGAAAAUAGCUAUUGUUCGGAAUGGAGCUGAGCUGUGUGCCCCUCUGCGGGCAGCACCCACCACCCGAUGGCCAAAGCAUCUUCUCACGCCAAAGCAGCGUUACGUAGGGGCCUGCCUGGGGCAAGUUCUCUUGUGGCUGGGCAGUGUCUGAAUAUUGUGUUUGUGGGGAUCCGUGGGGGGCGUGGUGUUUGCAAACUGAAUUGUGGCUAAUGUAUUAUUUUGCUGCAGUGGGGUUAACUUUAAACACAUCUAAGAUUUCAUGAUUUCCUCAUUAGUAGAUCUCAUUAUAUGUAAUCCUCAUUGCAAGUAUUCACCAGGACAGCGUUUUUUGAUUAGAGGGAAGCUCUGGUACAAUAUGCUUUAAUUUAGCAGGGACUCCCAGAUGAUUUAAAUUCUCAAUUCUGUGAUGACACACAUGAUCUUUUGUGUUUCCCAGCAGUUCUUCUUUCAUUGUUUGCCAACGUGGCCCACUGCUGUUGUCCAAUAAAGCUUGUGUACUUUAUGCCUUUGAGGAUCAUUUUAAUUUGUAUGGAAACAUGGCCUUUGGUGUCAAAAUGAGGCUUUCUAUUAUAACGCUCCUAUCGUGCUUCUCUGAUGGUACAUAAAAUGUAAAUCACUUUUCAAGUUAAAAAUAUUUUGAUUUUGGUUAAAAAAAAAAAAUCAGUGCAUGUUAUUUAUUAUUGUGUACUGUGGUCCAUUACAGAAAGCCA